CGACGUAGCUUUCAUGCACGCCAAGAAGCUGCGCUCCUCGCGCUUGCACGAACACUGUACAGUGUACACCAUGAAGGUCGCACUCUCGGAGCACCACGGCGGCGACGAGGACGAGCUGCGACAAAGCGCUGCUGUUAACUUCAAGAGGGUGGCGACGAUUGCCCCGGCCGCGAUUCUUCUUGCCGCGAUCCCUCUGUGCCUCCUCCUCCUCCUCCUCGCGAGCUCGCCCGUCCAGCCACAGGAUUAUCCCGCAGUUCAGGCGAUGGGAGACCAAAACGGCAGCCCCGAGGAACCGGGCGCGGCGGCCUGGGCGGCGGUGCCGGUGGCGGGGGAGAAGAAGUGCGACGUGUUCAGGGGGAAAUGGGUGUACCGCCCGGAUGCGCCGGCGUACUACACGAACGAGACUUGCCACGCGAUAAGCGACCAGCAGAACUGCAUGAAGUUCGGGAGGCCCGACGCGGAGUUCUUGAAGUGGCGGUGGGAGCCGGACGGGUGCAAGCUCCCGUGGUUCGCCGCGGCGGAGUUCAUGGAGACGACGAGGGGGAAGUCGAUCGCCUUCGUCGGCGACUCGCUGGGGAGGAACCACAUGCAGUCCCUGUUGUGCCUCCUGUCCAGCGUAGACGAACCCGAGGACAUCUCUCUGAGGUACACCACGGACUACAACUUCAAGCGCUGGUACUUCCCGAACCACAACCUAACCCUAGCCACCUUCUGGGCCCCGUUCCUGGUCCGCACCACGGACGCCCGCGGCGGCCAAACCCUCGAGGGCAUCCUCACCCUCCACCUAGAUGAGCCCCACCCUUCUUGGUCCGCCGAGAUCGGCGCCUUCCACCAUGUCAUCGUCUCAGCGGGCCAAUGGUUCUACCGCCCGCUCAUCUACUACCGGAACGGGCGACUCCUGGGCUGUUCGGCGUGCGGCCGGGAGAAUGCUACCGAAGUGUCGAGAUUCCAGGCGUAUCGGAUGGCGUUACGUACCGCGUUGAAAGCCGUCAUGGAAAGGAAGGACCGCGAGGGCGGCAUCACGUUUCUGAGGACGUUCUCGCCCGCGCACUUCGAGGAUGGCGAUUGGACCGACGGAGGGAGUUGCCCGAGGACGAGGCCGCUCGCGAGCCACGAGAAGAAGCUGGAGGGCGACGACUUGGAGUUCUACUUGGCCCAAGUGGAGGAAUUCUUGGAAGCUGAGAGGCGGGCGAGGGAGGUGGGCCUGAAGAUUAGGCUGCUCGGCACGACCCGGGCCAUGCUGCUCAGGCCCGACGGACAUCCGAACCGCCAGUGCAACUGGCCCAGGAGCAACGUGGGCCGGGCCGAUUGCGUGCACUGGUGCUUGCCCGGCCCGAUCGAUACGUGGAACGAGCUCUUGCUUUAUGUGAUGAAGUCGGACAGAGGUGUAAAGUUUGCUCAAUAGGAAGCAACGAAACGUGCGUAGCUGAUGGUUGUUUGUACAAUGUAUCCGGCGGAAUGGAAAAGGCAAUCACAUG